AAAUGAUUCAAGUUUUGAAGAUUGUGCAUGACGUCAGGGCUCGGGGUGAAAAGACAAUCAUCUUCUCAAGCUUCGUGUCCCUCUUAUCUCUGAUCGGCGAUGCGCUCGCUGAGCGACAUACCGGCUUUACUAGUUACACUGGCGCCUUGUCCUCGGCCCAACGACAAAUGGCUUUGAAGCGGAUCUCUCAAGAUACACAAUGCCAGGUCAUAUUGAUCUCCAUCAAAGCAGGAGGCACAGGGUUGAACAUCACGGCUUGUAACCAUGUUAUUAUUAUGGAUCCCUGGUGGAACCCUUACGUUGAGGAGCAAGCCAUCUCACGUGCCCAUCGCAUCGGACAGUCGAAGGAUGUUCAUGUGUACCGAAUAUUAGCAAGGAACACUAUUGAAGAACGGAUUGUUGAGAUUCAGAACAAAAAGCGGGAGACCAUUGAAGCGUUCCUUGACCGGGCUGCUCUGCAAACCCAUGAAGGGGACGCUCAUAUCAUCGCUUGA